ACAGCAGCACCCCUCCCGCACCCUCCGAGCGCCACGCGCACCAACCAUCUUCACGCGCCGCCACUAACGCUCCCAGCUCUGGCAAAGGAGCUGCGUUGAGAUGUUGGUUCCGCCGCGAGCCGCCGGCUCUUCCUUCCUUUCGGGCUUCAUCUCGGAGAGGAGCGCAGGCAGAGGAGCCUCUGCUAUGCGGGGGAGCUGAAGUAAAACACGGGGGAUUCGGUCACGGGUGGAUAUUUUUCUUUUCUUUUAUUUUUUUUUUCCCUUUAUGAGGAUGACUGAGUGCUGACAAAGAAAACCAGGGGAGCCCUCCUGGCUUCGGUUUACACCCGCGAACUUAAAAGGCACGCGCUUUACGCUCAGCCAAAGAUUUAUUUUUUUAUUAUUAUUUUUCUUUAAUAAGGCUUCUUUUUUGGGGGGGAGGGGGAAAGGAAACCAUGCCUGUUCGGAGAGGUCAUGUUGCGCCACAGAACACAUUUCUUGGAGUGAUUAUUCGGAAAUUCGAAGGACAAAAUAAGAAAUUCAUCAUAGCCAAUGCCCGCGUGCAGAACUGUGCGAUCAUCUACUGCAACGACGGCUUCUGCGAGAUGACGGGCUUCUCCAGGCCGGACGUCAUGCAGAAGCCGUGCACGUGCGACUUCCUGCACGGCCAGUUCACCAGCCGGCACGCGGUGGCCCAGGUGGCUCAGGCGCUUCUGGGCUCCGAGGAACGAAAGGUGGAGAUCACCUACCACCGCAAGGAUGGUUCGAAGUUCCCCUGCACCACUCACAUUAUCCCUGUAAAAAACGAGGAGGGCGUGGUUAUGAUGUUCAUCCUGAACUUCGAUUACGUCCUGGACGACGUCAGCUGCGACUCGCUGGAGAGACUCAACCACACGUCUCCCUCCAAAGCCAACCAGCGUAGAGGGAGAUUCUUCCGCUUCCGCUUACCAGCCUUGCCUCUCCUGGGCCUCAGCAAGCAGUCCCUUCCCCAAGAGGACCCAGACGCAGUCAUGGUGGACUCUCCCCGACACAGCGAUGGCUCGGUGGCCACACGAGACUACCAACUUCCCACUACCAGAGAGAGCUGCAGUCCCUCUUAUGCCAACGACACCGCCGCUCUCAUCGGACCCAGCCACUGCUCAACCCCAGUGUCGGGCCCCUUGGACCACUCAUCCCCCAAGGGUCCCUGGAACCGGACAUACCAGAGCCAGGCUAUCACACAGACCCAGCAGCAGAGCCAAGAGGACACACUAGCUGGAGCUCCGUCAAUCCCGGGCCUUACUCCAACUGCUUCCAGAGAGAGCUUGUGCAGUAUCCGCAGAGCCUCCUCCGUUCAUGACAUCGAAGGCUUUGGGUCCAAACCCAAGACUACAUUCAGGGACAGGCAUGCCAGUGAAGACAAUGGUCGCAAUAUCAAAGUGUCGCGCUCCUGGAUGGCUGGGGGCCCGCUCAGCCACAUCAAGUCCAGCCUGCUCGGCUCCACCUCCGACUCCAACCUCAACAGGUACAGCACCAUUAACAAGAUCCCCCUCAUCACCCUCAACUUCUCUGAAGCCAACAAUGAAAAGAAGUGCCCCUCCCCUCCUUCCUCUGAGAAGACCAUCAUUGCUCCAAAGGUCAAAGACCGAACACACAACGUCACAGACAAGGUCACACAGGUUCUUUCCCUGGGUGCAGAUGUGCUGCCUGAAUAUAAACUGCAGACUCCACGUAUAGACAAAUGGACCAUCCUCCAUUACAGCCCUUUCAAAGCAGUGUGGGACUGGCUCAUCCUGCUGUUGGUCAUCUACACCGCUAUUUUCACUCCGUACUCCGCUGCCUUUCUCCUCAACGACCUGGAGGAGAGGAAAAGGCGGCUCUGCGGCUACUCAUGUUCUCCGCUGAACGUGGUCGAUCUGAUGGUGGACAUUAUGUUUAUAGUUGACAUCCUAAUAAACUUUCGAACCACUUACGUCAACUCCAACGAGGAAGUAGUCAGCCAUCCAGCCAAGAUUGCCAUCCAUUACUUUAAAGGCUGGUUCCUCAUAGACAUGGUGGCGGCCAUCCCAUUUGACCUGCUCAUCUUUGGCUCAGGAUCAGAUGAGACCACCACCCUGAUCGGCCUGCUGAAGACAGCCCGUUUGCUACGCCUGGUGCGAGUCGCUCGUAAGCUGGACCGCUACUCUGAGUACGGUGCUGCUGUUCUCAUGCUGCUCAUGUGUAUAUUUGCCCUUAUCGCCCACUGGUUAGCCUGCAUCUGGUAUGCAAUCGGCAACGUGGAGAAGCCUUACCUAGAGCAUAAGAUCGGCUGGCUGGACAACCUCGGAGUUUCCAUAGGGAAGAAAUACAACUACAGCGACCCCAGCUCAGGCCCGUCUAUCAAAGAUAAGUACGUGACAGCUCUUUACUUCACCUUCAGUAGUCUGACCAGCGUGGGUUUUGGAAACGUCUCCCCCAACACCAACUCUGAGAAGAUCUUCUCCAUCUGCGUCAUGCUCAUCGGAUCUCUGAUGUACGCCAGCAUCUUCGGGAACGUGUCGGCCAUCAUCCAGAGGUUGUACUCGAGCACGGCCAGGUAUCACCUCCAGAUGCUGCGAGUCAAAGAAUUCAUCCGCUUCCAUCAGAUCCCCAACCCCCUCAGACAGAGGCUGGAGGAGUACUUCCAACACGCUUGGACGUACACCAACGGCAUCGACAUGAAUAUGCAGGAGGUUCUGAAGGGUUUCCCAGAGUGCCUACAGGCUGAUAUCUGCCUCCACCUUAACAAGAGCCUCCUCCAGGAGUGUAAGGCGUUUCAAGGAGCAACUAAGGGCUGCCUCCGGGCCCUGGCCAUGAGGUUCAAGACCACCCAUGCUCCUCCUGGAGACACGCUGGUCCACAGCGGGGACGUGCUCACAGCGCUCUACUUUGUGUCCCGGGGUUCCAUCGAGAUCCUGAAGGACGACAUUGUGGUGGCCAUCUUGGGUAAAAACGACAUCUUUGGCGAGAUGAUCCACCUGUUUUCCAAGCCGGGGAAGUCCUGCGCUGACGUACGGGCGCUGAGUUACUGCGACCUACACACCAUUCAGAGGGAGGAGAUCCUGGAGGUGCUGGACAUGUACCCAGAGUUCGCCGACCACUUCUUCACCAACCUGGAGCUGACCUUUGAUCUCCGGGAUGAAAACGCAAAGACAACCUACCAAAGUAACUCCAACAUGGUCGACGUGAAGUGCCGAAGAAGGGUUUCGUAUAAGAGAAAAUCCUCCACAGGCUCGCACAAGGAACCAGCGGCCCCGCAUUGCGACGCCAAGCAGAGCAGGAACGUCUACGCCUCGUCACCGGUUCAAGAGAGGAGAGAGUCUGAUGAAGAGGAAGAAGACAAUGAGGAUGAGGAAGAGGAGGAGGAGGAAGAGGAGCAGAGGCCCUUGUGUUCUGGUGUGCUAGGCUACCCGGUGGUUAGGGACCAUACGCUGGGUCUGGGGCUGAGCAGCGCUCCUGAGGCACAGGCUGGAGACCCGCCACAGAACCAGGAGUAUAAAGAGCUCCAUGCAGAAGACUGGGUGGGUCCACAUCCCAGCGAGGGGGCGGGGGAGUCGGCCCAGAGCCCAGAGAUGCACGCUGGGGAGGACAGUGACACGGACCUCACCUACGGGGAGGUGGAGCAACGGCUGGAUCUGCUACAGCAGCACCUGAACAGGCUGGAGUCCCAGAUGUCGACGGACAUCCAGGCCAUCUUGCAGCUCCUCCAAAGGCAAACGGCAGUGGGCCCCCCCGCCUACAGCACCGUCACCUCCAGCCCGGAGUACCACAGCCCGACCAUCCGGGUCCAGCCGGCGUCUGCCAUCCCGACGGAGCUCUGCCUCGACCCGCCUCCACCUCAGCCACAGGGCCCCGACUCGGAGAGUUCUUCUCCGAAAUCCAAAGAAACCUCUCCAGUCCUCGUCUGCACACAGACUCUUCCAGAUGGGAACUUUGCGGGGCUGCUGGAGAGCGACUCCAACGCCGAUCAGAGACACGCGAUAGAGCCGCCUCACCAACAAUCGCCGCGGUUCCCAUCAGGGCGACAAGCUUCUCUACCCGACGUCCCCAACAGCUCGGGGAUGUUGGGACUCCACAGGCCUGGCUCUGACCCGGGUCUUCCAGGACAGUAACCCCCCCCCUCCAACCCUUAAAGACUAAAGGUCUUCUCUUAAGCUUGACUCAGGGUCUAAGAAAGAGACUGAAUAUGCAAAGGAUUAAAAACUGUAGAUUUUCUUCCAUUCCUUUUGAGAACAUCUGAACCCUCCCCUCCCCCACUGAUCUAGAUGUACAUAUCU